GACAAGGCAGUGGGAGCCUUGAGACCAUGGACGGCACCAUGGGGCUGCGGGGGCUGCUGUGCAUGUACGUGGUGCCCCUCCUGGCCCUGCAGGCCAUGCCCGCUCAAGGUUCACCCACAAGCAGGCCCAAAGGCAGCGAGAAGCGACAGGCUGUGAACACAGCUGUUGAUGGCGUGAUCAUCCGGAAUUUGAAAGUCAACUGCAAAGUCACCUCUCGCUUCGCCCACUGUGUCAUUACCAGCCAAGUGGUCAACAGCGCCGAUGAAGCCAAGGAAGUGGCCUUCGAUGUGGAGAUCCCCAAGACGGCCUUCAUCAGUGACUUUGCCAUCACAGCAGAUGGACAGGCAUUUGUUGGGGACAUAAAGGACAAAGUGACUGCAUGGAAGCAGUACCGGAAAGCGGCCAUCUCAGGAGAGAAUGCCGGCCUUGUCAGGGCCUCGGGGAGAACAAUGGAGCAAUUCACUAUCAACCUUAUCGUUGGUCCCCGGAGCAAGGCCACAUUCCGGCUGACCUACGAAGAGGUGCUGAAGCGAAAACUUACGCAGUACGACCUUGUCAUCAAAGUCAAGCCCAAGCAGCUGGUGGAUCAUUUUGAGAUCGACGUGGACAUCUUUGAGCCCCAGGGGAUCAGCAAGCUGGAUGCCCAGGCCUCCUUCCUCCCCAAGCAACUGGCGACCCAAAUCAUCAAGAAGUCCUUCUCAGGGAAAAAGGGUCAUGUGCUUUUCCGCCCCACCGUGGGCCAGCAGCAAUCCUGCCCCACGUGCUCCACAUCCUUGCUGAAUGGGGACUUCAGGGUGACCUAUGAUGUCAAUCGAGAUAAGCUCUGCGACCUCCUGGUCACCAAUAACCACUUUGCCCACUUCUUUGCCCCCCAAAACCUGACAAACCUGAACAAGAACCUGGUUUUUGUGAUUGACAUCAGCACUUCCAUGCAAGGCCAGAAAGUGCAGCAGACCAAGGAAGCGCUCCUUAAAAUCCUGGGGGACAUGCGGCCAGGAGACUAUUUCGACCUGGUCCUCUUUGGGUCUGGCGUGCAGUCGUGGAAGGGCUCGCUGGUGCCCGCAUCUGCCGCCAAUCUGCAAGCGGCUCGGGACUUCGUGCAGCGCUUCACUCUGGAAGGGUCCACAAACCUGAAUGGAGGGUUGCUCCAAGGAAUUGAGAUCUUGAACAAAGCUCAGGGAAGCCUCCCAGAAGUCAGCAACCAUGCCUCAAUUCUCAUCAUGUUGACAGAUGGCGAGCCCACAGAGGGGGUGACGGACCGUUCCCAAAUCCUCAAGAACGUCCGCAACGCCGUCAGGGGCAAGUUCCCACUCUACAACCUGGGCUUCGGCCAGAACGUGGACUUCAACUUCCUGGAGGUCAUGUCCAUGGAAAACAACGGACGAGCCCAGAGAAUCUACGAGGACCAUGAUGCCACCCAGCAGCUACAGGGUUUCUACGACCAGGUAGCCACCCCCCUGCUGGUGGAUGUGGAGUUGCAGUAUCCCCAGGAUGCCGUCUCAGCCCUGACCCAGCACCGCCAUAAACAGUACUAUGAAGGCUCAGAGAUCGUGGUGGCUGGGCGCGUCGCUGACCAUAAACUGAGCAGCUUCAAGGCUGAUGUACAGGCCCAUGGGGAGGGCCAAGAAUUCAAGACAACCUGCCUGGUAGAUGAGGAAGAGAUGAAGAAACUGCUCCAAGAGCGGGGCCACAUGCUGGAGAACCACAUCGAACGCCUCUGGGCCUACCUCACCAUCCAGGAGCUGCUGGCCAAGCGGAUGAAGUUAGAGGGGGAGGAGAAGGCCAACCUGACAGCCAAGGCCCUGCAGAUGUCACUGGCCUAUCAGUUCGUGACCCCGCUGACCUCCAUGACCAUCAGGGGCAUGGAGGACGAGGACGGCCUGAAGCCCAUCAUUGACAAGCCCCCAGAGGAUUCUCAGCCCUUGGAGAUGCUGGGACACAGAAAGACGUUCGUGCUGUCCGCCUCGCAGCCUUCUCCGACUCGCCCCAGCUCCAAUGUCAUGCAGUUGCCAAGCCAAGUGACUGGCGUGGACACUGACCCACACUUCAUCAUCCACGUGCCCCAGAAAGAGGACACCCUGUGCUUCAAUAUCAAUGAAGAACCUGGUGUGGUCCUGAGCCUGGUGCAGGACCCUGACACAGGCUUCUCAGUGAAUGGGCAGCUCAUUGGCAACAACGCCAGGAGCCCUGGGCAGCAUGAGGGCACGUACUUCGGGCGGCUGGGGAUCGCAAACCCUGCAACGGGCUUUCAGCUGGAAGUGACUCCUCAGAACAUUAUGCUGAACCCUCGCUCGGGUGGGCCCGUGUUCUCCUGGAGGGACCAGGCUUUGCUGCGGCAGGACGAGGUGGUGGUGACCAUCAACAGGAAGAAGAGCCUGGUGGUAUCUGUAGAGGACAGGGGCACCUUCGAGGUCGUUCUGCACCGAGUGUGGAAGGGAAGUCACCAAGACUUCUUGGGCUUCUACGUGCUGGAUAGUCACCAGAUGUCAAGGCGGACGCAUGGGCUGCUGGGACAAUUCUUCCACCCCUUUGAUUAUAAAGUGUCCGACCUCCACCCAGGCUCUGACCCCACAAAGACAGAUGCCACCAUGGUGGUGAAGAACCACCGGCUGACAGUCACCAGGGGCUCUCAAAAAGACUACAGCAAGGACCCCCGGCAUGGGGCUGAGGUGACCUGCUGGUUCGUCCACAACAAUGGGGCCGGGCUGAUUGAUGGCAUUCACACAGACUAUAUCGUCCCUGAUAUCUUCUGAGCCCAUUGCCAGCACAUCUGUCCUGCCUUGGGACCAUGGCAGAGGAAAAGGACAGCAGUGACCUUCUGCCCAGGCCACACCUCCCUGUCCAAGCUGGUCCCCUGUAUCAAAGCACCCAUGCUCCCAUUAAAGAGAGACUAUGUCCAGUC